AUGGCGUCCUCUAUACUGGCGGGGGAGCGGCUGGUGCGGGCGGCGGCCUCCGCCAGCGGGGAGCUUGGGCGGCUUCCCCGCGAGCUGCGUGCGGAGCUGGAGGCCGCUUUGGGGGCCCAGGCCGCCGGGCGCGGCCCCCUUGUUCCCUUCAGCCUGCUCCGGAAGCUGCAGGGCGCCCUGCGCCAGGCAGGUUCUCCUGUGUAUCUCCAUGAGCUACUGGAAGGCAGCGAGAUUUAUCUCCCUGAAGUGGAGAAACCUCCAAGGAACCCAGAGCUGGUGGCCCGUCUGGAGAAGAUAAAGGCUAAGCUAGCCAAUGAGGAAUACAAGCGGAUAACAAGAAACAUCAACUGUCAGGAACUGAACCGGUACGGGACUCUGGCUGACUUGGGAAGGCAAGUUAGGUCCAUGAAAGCCGUGGUCAUCACCAUAUUCAACUUCAUUGUCACAGUGGUGGCUGCAUUUGCCUGCACAUACCUGGGCAGCCAGUACAUCUUCACAGAAAUGGCAGCGCGUGUGCUGUCGGCUGUGAUCGUGGCCUCAGUGGUGGGCUUGGCUGAACUGUACGUGAUGGUGCGGACCAUGGAAGGGGAGCUCGGAGGAUUGUAGUCAGGAGGCUUUCACUUAGACUGUGAUCCUUACGCUGGAGGUCUUUUCCUCCCCUGUGGGUUAUUAAUUUGUUCACAGGUAUGUUUGGCUUUGGUCCAUUGGGUCCCUGUACCUACUGCAGUUUCCUCACACCACGUCCCUUAUUCCUGCCACGUUUGAAAUGAAUCACCAGAUGCACUGAACGGGGACCUUGUGGCAUGGAACAGAAGAGUCAGCAGCAUGAGGAGGUUUCAAAUCCAUGAAUGGCCCAGGGAGGAGUGGGGUGGGAUCUUCUAGCUCUGAAGUUGCUGUCCCUUGUUCAAAAUAAAUGGGUUCUGUGUG